AUGACUGCCAGCACGACAGCCGCAUUUGAUCAACUGAAAAGAGCCUUCCCUGAUAAGGUGGUGACUCCAGACGCUGUCUCUGAAUAUAACACAGCGGUAUCGUGCCCCUGGUCUCAAACGUGUUGGACCCCGGCCGCCGGUUACGUCUAUCUGAGCAACGCACAAGAGCUGGCCGAAGCGCUGGAUAUUGUGAAGAGGGUUGGAUCCAAGUUCACCAUCCGCACCACCGGUCACAACCCCAAUAGUGGGUUUAGUAGCGCAGAUCACACAGCCAUCGUCCUUGACAUUCGCCAGUUUCAGUCCAAGGAGUUGAGCUCGGAUGGUGUCGCUCGAGUUGGAUCCGGAAACACCUGGGGUGAGGUGUAUGUCUGGUUGGAGGAGAAGAAGUUGUCGGCCAUUGGAGGUCGGGACCAGCAGGUCGGACUAGGAGGAUUCCUCCUUGGAGGUGGCAUGGGUGCUUUGCCCAAUCUAUAUGGCCUUGGAGCAGAUGGUGUGAAGAAUUUCGAGAUCCUUCUGGCCGAUGGCAGACUUGUCAACGCAAACGCAACAGAGAAUACCGACCUCUACUGCGCUCUUAAGGGCGGCGGCUCCAACUUUGGUAUUGUGACGAGGUUUGAUCUCGAAACUCACCCUCUGAUUCGUGUCCAGUACACAAUCAACCUCUAUAACCCGGAAGACUAUGUCGAAAUUAUCAAAGCCACAAUUGCCGUUCAAGAGGCCAUGGAAAACGACCCUAAAAUUGGCCUUUUUACCAACUUCAACAAUGGCUUUGUCGCUGUGGGCUUACUUUAUGGAGACACACCCACCGAAAAACCUCCAGUCUUCGAGCCCUUUCAUCGCCUCGAGAGCCUGAUGGCGACAGCACUCCCUUCCACAGAUGGCACUCUUCUGUCGUUGGCCCAGGCCAUGGGUCAUGCGCAAGAGCCAAAGAAGCGAGCCAUCUGCUCGGUAACCACCAAGGUUUCGCAAUCCCUCUACGAAGAGGCUUACAAGUCCUGGAAUGAGACCUGUAAACGUCUUCCGGCCGGCUGCGUCCUGCAUUAUACGAUCCAGCCGAUGGGUAAAGCUGGUAUAAAAGCAGGAAAGGACCGUGGAGAGAACAUCAUGGGACUCGAGGACGUUCCCCAGUGCUGGUGGGUGUUUACCUGUGAGUGGCCCAAGGACGACAGCGACGACGCCGUUGCGCAAAAGGCAGUCGACACCAUGGCCAAGAGUGUGGAGCACUCGGCCAAAGAAAAGGGACUUUGGCUUAGCUUUCAAUGUAUGAGCUUUGCUGGGGCCUCUCAAAAGGUUCUGGGCAGCUACGGCGCCGAUAAUGUCAACAGGAUGCAGGAAACCGCAGCCAAGUAUGACCCUGAGGGGGUCUUCCAGAAGCUGCAGUAUGGGGGCUUCCUCUUGCGUGAUAACAUCUGA